AUGUCUUUCACAAGUCAUGAUAACGCAAACGAUAUUUCAAUUUUUAACGCAGAAUCAAUGUUACCAAAGAGGAUUAAUGACCCCAUUCAUGGAUUAAUGGAGUUCGAUGAUUGGAUGUUCGGUAUUAUCGACACUCCGCAUUUUCAACGGUUACGUAAUAUCAAACAAUUAGGAACUACUUAUUACGUGUUUCCUGGUGCCUGCCACAAUAGGUUCGAACAUUGUUUAGGUACCGCUUACCUUGCCAACUCCCUGGUGAAAAGGAUCCAAGAUACGCAACCUAAUUACAAAGUCGAGAAAGAUUUAGAAUGUGUGACAGUAGCUGCCUUGUGUCAUGAUCUAGGACAUGGGCCAUUUAGUCACACGUUUGAUAAUACAUUCAUUCCACAAACGAGACCAGAUAUAAAGUGGAGACAUGAAGAUGCCUCCCUAAUGAUGUUUGAUCAUCUUUGGGAAAAUCAUCACGAUACCAUCGAUUUUAGUACAGAUGAUGUCAAAUUUAUUAAAUCUUUAAUUACUGGAGAUAUUUGUUCAGGUCGAUCUCGGUAUCUAUUCGAUAUAGUAGCUAAUAAAACGAACUCGAUCGAUGUCGAUAAAUUUGAUUAUCUGAAUCGAGAUUGUUACUAUCUCGGGAUGAAAUCUGUAUUCGAUUUCUCAAGACUCAUGAGAUAUUCACGUGUAAUCGAUAAUCAAAUCACGUAUUAUUUUAAGGAGAGUUAUAGUAUUUACGAAUUGUUCCAUACGCGGUAUUCUUUAUACAAAAAGGUUUAUUAUCAUCGCGUUGGCAAAGCCAUAGAAUAUAUGUUAUGUGAUGCUAUGGCUGAAGCAGAUCCAAUUCUCGGAAUAUCAAAAGCUAUCGACGAUCCAGAAAAAUAUCUGCAAUUGAAUGAUACUAUUUUAAAUGAAAUAGAAUUUUCGAAAGAUCCAAUGUUGAAAAAGUCUCGAGAUUUAAUCAAAAGGAUUCGAACUAGAGAUCUUUAUAAAUUCGUUGACGAAUUUAUUAUCCCGUUAGAGUUGAAAGAUCACCUGACCGAGAAAAAAAUAAACUCUCGAGAAAUCAUUGCGCAUCAAUCAGACAAUGAUAGACUUGGAGAAGAUGAUGUAAUCGUAAACCGAAUCAAAUUGAGUUAUGCUAAGAAAAAUGAGAAUCCAGUUGAUUAUGUUAAAUUUUACAAUCAAUAUGACAUCGAUAAAGCUUUCAAUUUGGAAAAGUCACAAGUGAGUUAUCUCAUUCCGGAGCAAUACGAAGAAACUAUUAUUCGAAUUUUUACUAGGGAUUGCUCAAAAAUGAAACCAGUUCAAGAUUGUUUUCGAAAAUUAUUGAAAACUUUCACUACAGAGCCUGACGAUCCUAAUUCUAGUGGAAGUGUAGGUUAUACAUUACCUGAGGAAUAUAUUUCUCCUCCUAAAAAACGUCAAAAGCAUCGAGCUAGUAGACGUUGA